AUGCAGCCUACACUUGUAUGGUUGUCGUACAUCUUAUGCGGUCUUGCGAUUUGGUCCAUCGUGGGAAACUGCCUACCAAUAGCGGCAAUCGUCAAGCAGGAGACACUGCACAAACCGGUCUACAUUCUCAUGGCCAACCUGGCAGCAAGUGACAUUUGCACUGGUGUAAGCUUACUCUCCGUGUACUGUACGGCUUAUUCUUAUACUGGUCUUGUUCUGCCUGAUGUACUGGCGCAUUUCUACUUCACAACCGUUCUCCUGUCCGCGCUUACCUCGGCUUACAGUCUGCUGACCCUGACGGCUGAGCGCUACUGGUUCAUUGUCCAUGGCAUGACCUACGUCAACAACGUCACUAACGACCGCUGCCUGAUAAUGAUCGCUGUCGUAUGGGUUUGGAGUGGCAUUUUCGCAAUGCUGCCGUACUUCGGCUGGAACUGUGCGGUAGGAUGUAUUCAUCUUGCAAGCGCAAGCUAUGCCUACAGUUACAUGGUCCUUGUCUUGGUGCUGGUCUUCAUACCGAUGACUGCAAUCGUGGGCCUCAAUCUCGGUAUCUUCUGGUGUCUGUGGCAGCAGGUUAGCGCCAUCAAGCGGCAAGAAGCCGCAGUGCACGCCCAACACAGCACCAGUAGGAAAUCAUCAAUCACCGUUCUCAUCAUCACCAUUCUGUUUCUAGUAGGGUGGCUGCCAUUUUGCAUCAAAAUCGCCGACGGCAUUGCCUGCAAACAAGACUGUGGCAUCACAGGCCCGCCCAUGCUAGGGUUUGUCAUCGUAAAUUCCGCGCUUAAUCCAAUCAUCUACGGCUUUCGGCUGAAGGAAAUUCGCCGUGGUGUCAAGCGUCUCUUCUUCGGCCGCGCCGUAAACGCAUUGCACCCGACGAAAAGGACAACUGCAUUUGUUUUGACAACGGUUCAAAAGUGA